GCAACCGGUGUGUGCUGACGUCUACCACAUGCCGCCCGCGACGAAUCGCGUCUACACGAACGAUCAAGGUCGUACAUCAAGAAAGAGAAUUAGAGCUCUGAACUUUUUGUAUCGCGUAAGAAUGGUGAAUCCGUGCGAGAGGCGCGCAGUAGCAUGCGUGUUACUGGGCAUCACGGCUGUGGUUGCAGCUGCAGCCUACGACCGCGAGCGGCUAGAGAUCGCCAAGCAGAUCCUGGAGGAAGUUCCACUUACUGACGGUCACAACGACCUGCCAUGGAACAUCAGGAAGUUUCUGCGCAACCAAAUUAACGACUUUGAGCUGGACACCGACCUCACCGUGGUGGAACCCUGGUCGAUUUCCAAGUACUCGCAUACGGACCUGCCGAGACUCAGGGAAGGCAUGGUGGGAGCUCAGUUCUGGUCUGCAUUCGUUCCAUGCGCCACUCAAAAUAGAGACGCCGUUCAACUGACUCUGGAGCAGAUUGAUGUCAUCCGUCGCCUGGUAGAUAAAUACCCUCAGCAUUUCAAAUUCGCCACUUCUGUUACUGAUAUCCUCGAAGCGCACAGCGCCAGACCACGCAAGAUAGCUUCACUUAUCGGUAUCGAAGGUGGCCACUCCAUCGCCAAUUCCCUCGGUGUUCUGAGGAGCUACUACCAGCUCGGAGUCAGAUAUAUGACCUUAACGCACACUUGCAACACACCAUGGGCCGAUUCUGCCAACGAACCACCGGUCACUAACGGACUGUCGGAGUUUGGAGAGAAAGUGGUGAAAGAAAUGAACCGGCUGGGUAUGCUGAUCGAUCUGUCGCACGUUGGUGACAACACCACCCGAGCUGCCAUCAGGGUGUCGAAGGCGCCUGUCAUCUUCAGCCACUCCUCUGUCUAUAGUCUCUGCGCCCACAAGAGAAACGUUCCUGAUGAUAUCAUACAGUCUCUGAAAGAAAAUGGCGGAAUCAUAAUGGUGAACUUCUUCCCUGACUUCGUGAAGUGUGCCCCGAAUGCCACUCUGUCCGAUGUCGCUGAACAUUUCCAUUACAUCAAGAGGAUGAUUGGGGCUGAGUACGUGGGCAUCGGUGGUGAUUACGAUGGUGUCAACAGGGUUCCCCGUGGUCUAGAAGAUGUGUCGAGAUACCCGGAACUCUUUGCUGAAUUGCUGCGCAGUGGUCAAUGGAGCGUUCAGGAGCUGAAGAACCUAGCCGGUCUCAACAUGAUAAGGGUGAUGCGCCAAGUUGAGAAGGUUCGGGAUGAGAUGCGCACCAACGGAGUGGAGCCAGAGGAGCACCCUGACUCUCCUCGCGAUAACGGCAACUGCACCAGCAACGCUUUCUACACCGAAUAUGUUUAAACAUAUAUCGACAUUCUUAGUAACGAUCUCGGAAGCGGACCAAUUGACGGCAUUUGGUAACAACUAAACUAUUUUAUAUAUAAAAAUCAAUAUGUAUUCAUAUAUAUUACUUUCAGAAUUUAAAAGAAUAUUUAGCUCCCCAUCAUAAAGAAUACGCGAUAAAAUUUAUGUAUUACGAAUUUCAUUGUUUUUUCUUCCUACACCGUUGUGCCACUAGCAAUGAGAAUAUUUAUAACGAAACUAUAAUUAAAUCAUGUUCUUCAUUACUAAAAUUAUUAAAAAGGUUUAAAAAAGAGUCUAAUUUCAUUUUUCACUCAACGAUAUGCUCAAUUUUGCGCCAUAAAUCGCCAUCUAUAAAUUUAUUAUAAAAAAUAAACGCUCCGUAACAAUAUUCAACUUUGCGUGAAUUCACUUUUGUAAUUGGAUCGUCAUAUCCGUGUCGAAUAAAAAAUGUUUACGUCGCUUUUUUAGGGAAACUCCGCUUGUAAUGGACCUACGGUGAAGUGGGUGAUUCUUUAUGUUCCGUACAUGUUACAGGGACUGUACAGGGUAGGCAAACAUGAUAAAUUACUAAUAGUAAUUUUUAUUUUAUUUAUUUAUAACUCUAAUGACGAUAAUGAUUAGAUAUAGUAAAAGCAGAUGAUUAACGGGUACUCUAUGUUUACGUAGACGACAAUUUUCUUGAGUGCUAGUGGCUAUUAAAUAGUAUAGUAACUUAUACGGGGUUGUCCGUAAUAGAACUACUAAAACAAAGUCAAUGUCACUUCUGGACAUCCCUUAAAUGUAGGG